AUGAGCUCGACCGCAACAGUCACGAAGCCGCUUACGGCUCAGACUGCGCCCUCACCUGUCGAGUUACUGAACACAGAAUCCGCAAGAUGGUGUACACGCCUGCAUCCCGGCCUCGUGCUCGCAGUAUACGCGAUCCAGUUCAAAGCGAUUGUAGCAGAUCCGGUAUCUGCGCUUCUUCGAGGGCUUCUGCCGCUGUGCAUCGUCCAAACCGCAUACGUCGCUAUAUGCCUGCCACCAACAGGCGCAAACUCUACGCCAGCGCCUAAACCAGGCUCGCGCCGCAACAAGCAGCCUCCCAAUGCUUUGAGCCGAACUCUCAGUCUCGUGGGCGGUGUUGCGAACAGGACUGUUGUACCGGCCUUUCUUUCCCUCGUCCUUGCCGUCAUCGCUGGAACUCCCCUGCUCUUUACCACGCUGGUACUUUUCGGGGCUCCCUUCAGUACACACCUUCCGCAUACCGCGCUUUGCGCCUUACACGCGUCGCUUCUUGCUAUGCUUCCCCUGGUCUAUGUGCAUGGGGUCGACAGCGGGAGAUGGAGGGAGAUUGUGAGCCUUAUGCAUCCUAUGGACGAGGUGUAUGGGGCUACAUUGGGAACUCUGCUUGGAGCUUGGGUGGGCGCAAUACCGAUACCUCUUGACUGGGACCGGGAAUGGCAAAAGUGGCCGGUCACCAUCGUCACCGGCGCUUAUAUCGGCUUUGCUAUCGGGAAGCUGGCUGGCGACGUGUUCUACCGGGAGAACACUUUUACGGUCGAAUGUCAUAACUUCGAUGACCAUGAUUAUCUUGACAGUCUCAAUGUGGUUACGAGCCGAUCGAUCUACCGCCUGCACUUGGUCGUAUUUCUUGACGAGGCAGACUACGACGCUCGUUAUAUCAGGGACAUUGUCCGCUCUCUCCAAAGCGGCCACUGUCUCAAGGAUUUAACGAUAACCUAUGACGACUCGCACUGCACAGCUACGGAAGUGGACGAGCGCAUGUCAUUGUUCAAGGACGUUAAGGUUCGCGGCAAGGUCACCAUAAAACCUUACGGAGCGGCACCGCAUGCAGAAACGAGCGAGACGGCAAUGGGCAGGCUGAUCCAGUCUAUGCGACUGCCUGAGCAGCCAUGUUCUUUCCUUCGGAUUCCUCCCGAACUUCGACUCAGGAUAUAUCGUCUUCUCUUGAAGUCCGAGCGUCAGUGCAUCCGUUUGACCAAUGAAUAUAACCGCGGAUUCAGUACCGGUGUGAGCAUACUCCGGGCAUCCCGUCUCAUCUACCAAGAGGCUUCAGAUGUGCUCUAUGGGGAGAACACGUUUCACGUGUCGUGCUUGAUGUUGAUCUCGAUAAGCUACCCGACCACUCUCAAAUUCCUUGCCAACCAACAGAUACGCCACUUGAAACUUGUUGUGAGUUUCGCCUAUUCAACAGAAUUCUCUCUACGCCGGAUAAAAGAUAUCGUCAGCAUCCUCAGCACCGUCCACAGCCUCAAGGAUCUGACGAUCUACUACCAAGUCUUCUACUCCCGUACUAAUUUCCACUACACACCUGCGGAACUGGAACAGCGUCUGAUGCCGUUCAAGCAUCUCAAGACUCAGGGCAAGGUUACGAUAGAGUGUGAUCCAGACUUGGAUCCGGGAUUGCGCAUGGAGAUAAGUGAGACGUUCAAGGCCAGGCUGAUCGAGUCUAUGCAGCUGCCUGGACAGGAUGAUCGUUCAUCGUUGAUCCGCAACACCGAGGAGUCGGCACCGCUACGCUAG